UUUGAACUGUCUGUGGCUAGUAAGCUCGAAACUACGUGUCUCGUUGCCCUUUAGAUGCCAUAGAUGCACAGCUAAGUCUGGUCGCGGGAAACAGUUGUUUGGAAACACCCAGGCGGCUCGGAAUGGCGUCUGGGUUCGCCGAUUUCGAUGCCGGUCAUCGCGACUUGGUACUGGUUACAAAGUUCAAUUUCUAUGGAAAUCGCAUUGUCACGGCUUCUUCGGACCACCGGAUGAAGGUGUGGGAUCAGAAGGAUGGCCAAUGGCAGCUGACUGAUACAUGGCGUGCUCAUGAUGCUGAGAUUCGUGAUGCAGCAUGGAAUGGGCCAUUUACGGGACAGCAUAUUGGCACUGUAGGUGAAGACAUGAAAUGCAAGAUAUGGCAAGAAGAUGUCACGCAACCCCCACACUCGGGCAGGCGUUUCAGGUCCAUCUUCCGAAUGACAGCCCCACAGCGGCAUCCGUUUGUUUCGAUUGACUUUCGAAACAUUGACCUAGAGACCUGGCUUGCUGUAAUUACGCGAGAUGGCUAUUUGAUUGUCAUGGAGCCCGUCAGUCCGGAUACUCUUGCAGACUGGCAGCCCCUUGACGAGUUUCGGGUGUGCAGUGCGCCUCAGAGAGGGGAGGAAACAAGCUUCAAGGUACAAUUCCACCAUGAUCCGACUGAUAUUACACACUCGGUGCUGCCUUCUUGGGAUCGCAAAAGUCUGUCUCUCGUGGUGGCUGCCAUGGAUAGUGUGAAGGUGUACCGCACCGAUGCCAAUCGUCGCUUUUACCACGCUAUAGAGUUGAGCGGUCAUGGUGGUCUUGUACGAGACAUCUCUUGGGCCAAUGGGUCAGUUCGGGGGUAUGAUCUCAUUGCCAGUGGGUGCAAGGAUGGUUUCGUUCGAAUCUUUGAAGUAUAUACUUCAAUAUCGAGCAGUGGGUCUCAAAAUGCAAAUAACGACAAGCAUGUGCAGCCUGCUGCGCAAUCACCGUCGGUCCGUGCAACAACGCAAUCAGGGAUUGGUUCGGCACUGGCUAGUCGCGCACCGAUGUCUAUGUCUAGUCGCUCCACAGGGGGGGAUUCGCAGUUCAAGCAUACAUCAAAACUUGUGGCUUGUAUUGACAGUAAGCAUCUGGAUGUCUGGCAAGUCGGGUUCUCAUAUGCCGGUGACUGUCUCAUCUCAUCCGGUGACGAUGGUGUUGUGCGGUUCUGGAAGAAAUCGCUGUCUGGCGAAUGGCUUGAGUAUGCCGAGACUGACAUGGCCUAGAAUGUGGCUGAAAACACUUUCAAUGGGACGAUAAUCGGCAGUCGGCAAAAUAUGCCUUUCCCGACUUACAUGGUUUAUGGUGUUAGUGUCUUACAAGGAUCCGUUUUUUUUUUUUU